CGGCAAUCUUCGUUCCUGAACUUAAAGGCCUGGAACGCUAGUGUGUGACUUUAAAUCAAAAAUUUAGUUAACAGGUUAACAGGGUUUUUGAAUUUCAAGAUCGUAGCUCUUCCACCUUCAUGUUUUCGUGUUUUGCGGUAGUAAACUAAACAUUCAUUGAUAAAAUGCACUCCUUUCAUUACCUGUCUGUCGCUUUGUGUGCUCUUUCGUUUUUAUUCUCCCAAGUAGUCGGCUUUAGUGGGGUCCAGUCUUCCGCACAUGACCGUUCGCGCAGGUUGGCGCACGUACGCGCUCCAAGUGGUAACCACCAGCCCCGGGUCCUCGAGAUCUCUGUCAAUCAGUCGAGAGACACGAAAAUCUCGAAGAGAGAUUCUUUUACCUAUUUUCAAGAUGGCAGUGGUGCUUGCGGAGCUUUCAAUACACCUACCGACUUUAUUGUUGCGCUCAGCACAUGUGACUAUGAUGGAGGUAGCCAUUGCUUUCAAAUGAUGACUAUCACCGUGAAUGGCGUGUCGACGCAGGCUCAGGUUACGGACGAGUGCCUUGGAUGUCCUUGCGGGGGACUUGACCUGAGUCAGGGUCUUUUUGAGUUCUUCGCACCAACCAGCGUUGGGGAAUUAUCUGGAUCGUGGAGUUAUGGCAGUGCUUCCACCUCGUCCACACCUCUACCGUCUACAACGACCAAGCAGUCUUCCACUAGUACCUGGACGCCACCCACUACUACCUCAUCAAGUACUCCCACACCUACCUUCACAACUACGAGCACCCUCGCAGCCACAACCACAUCUAUGCCAACUACCACCUCAACUCUCCUAUCAACUACGAUUUCGUCCACCACAUCUCCCCUCCCUACAUCUAGUCCCAACAAUCCUCAAAUCCUCACACAAGUCAACCUUGGGCUGAUUGAGCUCGGUUCACUUCUCCAAGCUUGUGCGGCAUUGUCUUCAGAAUCAUAGACGUCUAUCCCUUUCUUAAAACACUCUUUAAAUACGUACCGUGUUGUUUCUUGCAUAAAAUAUUUUGACAGAUACAGGUGGG